CAGGCCCAUGACAUCCUGUCAUGAACAGUUAUACAAGCAAGUGCACCAGUGAGGCACAUCUGCACAGUGCUCCAUUCACACCUGGGCUGCACCUUCUCUCAUCCUGGCUUCACAGGUGAUUAGAAGAACACGCAGUCAAGUUUUUCAUCAAACACGUGGAAUAUAUCACAGAACUUUGCUAAGAUGGACAACUCCAUGCAAAAAGACCAACACUCUGGCAAAAAAUAUUCCAGAAAGACUGACAAAGUACAGAAAGGUUUUACUGCUGCGUAUCCAACACAAUCCUCCAUUCCUUUUAAAUAUCAGCCUUCCAGAAUUCCAGAAUCAGAAAAAAAAGGAUUUAAUAGUCAAGCCAAGAGGUUUUACCAUAAAAAGGAUGAUAUCCCAGGUCCUGGGUUCUACAACGUCAUUCACCAGUCGCCUGUGUUUGACAGUGUGUCGUUGUCUAAGAAAGGGACGUGUACUUUUCCCUCUAUGUGUGCCCGACUGGACACCAUCGUCUCUAAAUACCCUGCAGCUAACGCGUACACUAUACCAUCACGUUUUGUUUCGAAGAAAGACUUCAGUAAUUCCUGUUCCAGCAUGUUCCAGUUGCCAAGCUUCGUGAAAGUUCUCAAAUUUGAAACUCCCGCACCAAACCAUUACAAUGACGCUUUUUUCAGACCUGGAGAACAAUGGUUGAGUCAACCGGCGAGGAGCAGAAAUGCGGCCUCUGUCUCUUGCUGCAAACAGACAAACAACGUUUGUGCCCGAGCCGGGUUCAUGUCCAAAACCCAGAGAGGACUUUUCACUAUUACUAAAACAGGACCUGCCCCAGGGCAUUAUAAUGUCAACGAAUCCCUUGUGAAGCAGUCGCCGAAGAUAUUAAUGUCUUGUUUUAAAUCAAAAACUGGCCGUGGAUUAAAACUGACGUCGACAGGCCCAGGACCCGGUUAUUACAACCCAGGAGGUCACACCGAAGUUCAAAAAAAGACUCUUAUCCCGAGAAACCCCAUCCUAACUUUCUCUGCCCAGCCUUUGCCUCUGCCCCCGAAGCCACCUCUUCCAGGCCCUGGGCAGUAUGAGAUCGUGGACUACACGGGGCCCCCCAAGCACUUCAUCUCCAGUGCAUCCUUCGUAUCCAACACCAGCCGGUGGACAGUGGCGCCGUCCCAGCCAGGCCUGCCCGGCUCGCCUGGCCCAGCCACAUACAAGCCGGAAUUCCCUGGAAAGCAGUCCUUUCUCUACAAUGAGGAUAAGAAAUGGAUCCCAGUGUUGUAGUCACCUCAUCCGAGCUCAAGGAGACCCCCCCCCCCCCCCCACCUGUCACCCCAGGCACCCCGGAUGGUCAUUCAGAGAGCGCCCAUCUCGUGUGUGACGCCUGAUGACUUGGGACGUCCUUGCCCCCGCCUGGUGUUACAGCUGGCCUGCCGUGCUUGUCCUUGUCCUGAGCUGCCCCCUGGAGCGUGGACCCCCACCCCACGGACCCCUGUGGAUUCCUGAGCAGACAGAGCCCCCUGGGUUACUUGGCCUUGUGCCCUCCGGCCUGGCUCGGCCCGCCUGCCCUCAGCCCUCAGAGCUCGUGCAGCUCAGGAUCCAGUAGGAGGUGGCCGAUGGCAGAUGCCCCGUCUGGAAGCCUGCUGCUGAGCCAGGGCUCUGGGGCCGCAGGGUGGGCAGCGCAAGGCCGCGGCCCCGGCACACUCCCAUGCUCUGGCCUUGACCUCCAGACUCCUCCCGGAGUUCCAGGAGCCGGGAAGGCCCACAGGCACUGUGACAGGGACCUGAAGGGGUUGCCUUGCCCUCGCCCCCAGCUCAGCCUCGUGUCUCGCCCUAGGAAGGGCAUGGCAGCGUCACCGUGGUCACAUGAGCUCAUCACCCACUUUCAGGAGAGGCCUCCGCAUCCAUUUGUUGGCUCCACGCACAAAGGGCAGAUGUGGGCAGGACCCUCUGGGGCCAGAGCCCUGGGCACAGCGGUUCUGAGGGACGCCUGCAGGUUCUUACUUUUGCCCGGCCUUUCCCCUUCCCUGGCCUGGUCUCCGUCCCUCCCACCUCAUGCUCAAGUCCAAUAUGAUCUUUAAUGGAUCCUUUCUGGCCUGCCAAGUCGGUCCCCCUCAGCAAGAGGAUGAGAUUCUCAAAGAACCAAGAGGAACUACAGUUAACCACACAUCCCCUCCUUCCCCAACUAUCCACGUGUCUUGGGCUCUUGUAAGUGGAAGCCUCUUGCGCCACCUCCCUCCCCUCCGCAUGUCCCUCCCUUGCCCUUGGCUUUCUCCUUUGACUUUCCUCAGUGACUGUUAGUCCAGAACUGGCCGCUGACUGCCUCUCCCUUCAGGGAGGGGCGGGUGAGGGAGAGGGAGGGAGAAGGAUGGCACAACGGGUCCAGUUAAACAGAGUUCUCAUUUCUCACAAAAGCUGGCCUUGUUGUGAACCUCAGAUUCCCGCAAGUGCCCCACUGCUUUGGGAUGAGCGGGAGGCAGCCUGGAGCAUGGCGCCAAGAGCGACCAAGGUCUGGACCUAAAGGUGGACACCUUGUGCUGAGUCUGCUCAGGUCCUUAGCUUCUCCUAGAGGUCAAGAGUCGGAUCCGAAUUUGGAGGUUCAAGGUCAAGCACUUCCACGUUUGGGCAGGCAAGGCAAGGGAGCAAAACAGGUGAGGCGAGAGGAGGUCCAGGAGCUGAGGAGGCUGCCCAUCUAAAGGCCAGCUACCUAUUGCCAGAUCUGCAGAUUUUUCAAAAGAACCUGGGAAAUUUUAAAAUGUGAAACUUCUUGAUCGGAGAUGUUAACAACCAUAUUUCAAUUAAAAAUUUUUUGUUCAGGCUAAAGGAAACUCUUCUGCUAACCAUCAAUUGUCCACUUCGGCGCUAGAAAUUCCGGAAGACCCCUUUAAGGCUGACACUUGAAGCUGCACCUUUCUUUGAACCCAGACUCUUGACAAUAGGGCCAGACCUGAAGGCCUUGGCUUUUAGGUCCCUCUGACCCUAGGAGACCUUAGCAGGCCACUGGGCUGGAAGCAGCCGGCC